GGAAGUUUGUCUUCCUCAUCACUGGAGAAUCUCACACUUUAGCUCUUCAACAACCGAGUGAUCAAUCAUGACGGAAAUGUAAAAGUAAGAUGUUAAGUCCAACGAGUCCAGCCCAGAAGAACCUCAGUGAAGAGGAGAGCUCUGGAUCUGAUGCAGGGUCAGAGGUCGGUCAGGAACCUGAGACAGACCGCUUCGGCUUCAUUCUGAAAAAUGGAUCCACCGCUGGGAGUGCGGGCCCACCGCCUGAGUUGGUCAGGCAGAGGGAGACCAAGUGGAUAAAUAUCAUUAGCCAAUGGGAUCGCAUCUUGUUGAAGAAGACCAGUAAGGUGAAAGUGCAGUGUCAGAAAGGCAUCCCAGCCUCACUCAGAGCUAAGUGCUGGCCUCUGCUGUGUGGAGGUACUGACAAGAUGAAACUAAAGGAAAACCUCUACCAGUCUCUGGACUCGCAGCCCGCUCUGCAGAGCUGGGUGGACGUGAUCGAGAGAGACCUGGACCGACAGUUCCCUUUCCAUGAAAUGUUCCUUUCCAAGGACGGACACGGACAGCGUGGUUUGUUCCGGGUAUUGAAAGCCUUCACUCAGUACCAGCCGGAGGAGGGUUACUGCCAGGCACAGGGGCCUGUGGCUGCAGUGCUGCUGAUGAACAUGCCUGCUGAGGAGGCCUUCUGGUGUCUGGUGCAGAUUAGUGAGCAGUUCCUGCCUGGAUACUACAGCCCUCUGCUGGAGGGAGUCCUUUUUGAUGCGGCCAUGCUGAACUGGGUCUUGAAAAGGACGUGUCCAGCUGCACACAAACACCUGCAGCGCCACGGAGUGGAGCCCCUCAUGUUCGCCACUGACUGGCUGAUGUGUCUCUUCACACGUCACCUGCCCUUCAACACACUGCUCCGGGUCUGGGACCUCUUUUUCUGCUACGGGGUGCGGGUGCUGCUCCAGGUGGCCGCGGUGCUGGUGCGUCGGGUGCUGGGCCGGGCCGAGCAGAGGAAACAGUGUCAGGGCCAGAUGGAGACUCUGGAGAGGCUGAGGGGUGUCAGGGAGGAGGUCCAAGAGGAAGACGACACUUUCAUAGCAGAGGUGUGCUCGGUGCAGCUGUCAGCCAGAGAUCUGGAGAAGCAGACGGAGAAGGAGUUAGAAAAGUGGAGGAAAGACAGACCAUCAUCAGCCUUUGACCCCAGAGGUCGCUGCCAUGGAUAUCGGAUGGCGUGGACGAGGGCACGACAGAACGAGGAAGAGCGGGACAGGAAGGAGAGAGAGAGAGGAAACCUGUCCGUCCCUCUUGCUCGCUCGUCGUCCACUCUCUCGCUGUCUCCAUCCCUCCUUCACAAGAGGUGGAGGAAAGGGGGAAAGGCGAAUGCACGCGAAUGGGAGGGCGGAGGCGGCAGAGUUGUGAGGCAGCUCUCAAUGGGAGCAAAGGAGGACUGGAGGAGCUGGACUGAGUUCAAUUUUAAGAAGGUGCAGCGCGUUCAGGAAGAGGACGACGUAGUUUUAGAGGACCAUAAAAAACAGAGUGAGCUGAAACUGGCAGAAGGAAGUGAACAGAAAGAACUUUUAGAAGAACCUAAAACGAUGGAAAUCCAAAACAUGCCAACAGAGCGCGUAGAAGAAACGGUCAUUGUAGAAAAACAGAUUGAACAAGUGGAAACACGAAUCACUGAAAAGGAGGAAAGCCAACUCAUCAAGACAGAGGAGAGCAAAGUGCUUUCAGAACAAAAGGAAGAAACACAUGUGGAGACACAUCAAACAGAAGGUCCAACCAAAGAUCAGAGUGUUGAACACAAACAGGGAGACGAGCCGGACUCCAACAGACAGACACACGUCCUGGAACAGCAGAGUCACAAAAUCAAGCACCUAGAAAUUCAAGGGAAAGACUCAAAUAAAGAGACAGAAAACCAAGUGGCAGAAAGCGAACAUACAGAGGCUGUGGGGGAAAAUCAGACUGAGAUAAAGGAAGAUGCUGAUGCAGAUAAAAACACAGAGGUGGAGACGCAGGAAAGUGUAUACCCGAGUGAGGAACAGAUGAUUCAGGCCGACAUGAAACCAGAGGAGAGCACAGAAACUGAAAAUGUGCAACAGUUGGACACAGUCACAACUGGGACAAGCCCAGGCUCAGAGACAGACAGUAAAGUCAAAGCUCAAACUAUCAAAGAUCCUGCAAUAGAGACAGAGACGCAACAGCAACAGCAAGAAGUGAUCACAGAGACAGACAGAACCUCACAGGGAGAUGCAUUGGAAGGAAAAUACCACAGCAGUGAGUCAUUAGCAGAGUCCCACACCCAAACACAUACAGAAACUAACGAACUGGCACAGACUCAAGAAAAGCUAGAGGAAAAUGCUGCCACGCAGGAAUCAGAGACUGAAAUAGUACAAAUGGAUUCAGAACAACACACAGACUCAAAGGCAGAAGCAGAAACAUUAAUACUGUGUUCACUUCAAUGCGUUCAACCAGAGGAAGGCACUGACUUAUUGGCUGAUACAGAGACUGAAGCAGAAAUACCAGCUGCACACGACAUAGUGACGGAGUCAAGUGCAGCUUUUGACAAAGAGUGCGAUGCGGCAGCAUCUGAACCUACACAGGAGGAAGAAGAAAGAAGUUUGGAUGAACACUCAGAGGCACAGGAUGAUCAGACACAAGCUGAAGAAACACCAACAGAAACUACUAACUCGAUAGCACCUCCACACGAGGAGGAGACAGACGUAACAGAGACAGUAGCAAGUACUCUCACAGCCGACGGGCCUGAUGGGAAGACUAGUUCAGUAGAGACCAGCACCUCUGAGGAACCUGCACCUGAACAACCAUCCAGCCAGGUCACCGUCGGUGCCGUGGAGGAGGAAGAAAGCGCCGAAACUGUUCAAGAAAACACGGUAGGAGAGGACGACAUCUUCAUUUCUACUGAACCAACAGACUCUCCAAAUACUGACAGAAACCCAGAAGCCCAAGACAAAGACUCUCACCUUGUGAGGAACAAGGCUGAGCCGGUUAACAGCGGCCUGACACAAGCCCCCGGGCAUCGCAGCAGCAGCAGGUCCUCUGGGGAUUUCUGCAUCCGCAAGUCAUCCAACUCCCGUGGGUCCAGGUUGGCACGUCGGCUCUCUGAAGAUCUCUUCAUCAUGUCAGAGAAAACUAACCAAUCACAAUCUACUCCUACGCACCCAGAUGUUAAACCCAGUCAAUUACGGUCCAAUCCUGGAGCAGUAAAGCCAACCCACACUCCUUCUGACGGGACUUCAGAAGUCUCCUCGUCUCCGUCUGCAGAAGUGACUCCAGCGGUUCAGCCGGAGCAGCUGCCGCCCGACCCCCCUAAACGCUUCGGUCUGUUCCGCAGACUGAGAGGAGAGCAGCCCAAAAAAGCACCCAAAAUGCAAAUCCCCAAAAUCUUCAUUCAGGACUUCAGUGACGGAACAGGGACGGGGAAACCGGUGGAGGAAGAGGGGGAAGAGCAACUGAGCUCCAGGGAAAGGAGGAGGAGAAAAACAAUUCCCGUACAGCAGCUGUACAGGCUGGUAAAGAUGGGACAUGAGGGUUCAAAGUGUCUGCAGGCGGCACGUGUGUAA